AACAAUUUCGUUUCUGUCAUCUGUCAAUAGUCUGAAUCUGUCAAGAACUCGAAUGUAAUGAGUGGAGUUUGUGUUUAGACCAGAUUUUAAUUUAAAAUAAUUUAAUAUUCUGAGUAUAUCAACAUGUUCCUAACAAACAUAUUGUGCAAGAAGGCGAAGAGCAAGAUGAUUAUGGUUCUGAUGGAGAGUGUGGUGUCUGGUCACCAAACUACGAAGAUAAGGGAGCGUUUAGCUGACAAAUUGGAGUUUAUACGCUUCGACCCUUAUAUUCAACAAGAAAGUUUGUACAAGGAGAGGAAGAAGAUUAGGAGUAUAAAGUCAUCAUAAGUUAGCAACAGUGUGUAUAGGUACGUAGGUAUUAGGAUAUAAAUAAUAUACAACAUGUUUUAAAUGUUAUAAUUUAGUUAUUGUACUUUAAACAAUAAAUAAAUCUUUGGAUACAA